AUGACUGAUGACUCUGAAAAAGUUAUUAUUUUUCAAAAUUCACUUAUAUUGACAAAGAAAAUAUAUAAUUUCUUGGUGAUAAUGAUUCCCCGUGCUACUUACAUUGUGAAUUUCUUGAAAAGUUUGGAGAGGACCAUAUUACAAACAUUUGGCCAUCCACCUAGAGAACUUGCAUAUGCUUAUACAUAUGGAAAGCAAACACAACUGCAGCCAAAGAAAUUCUCCAUUAAAGAUAUUGUUGGAGAUGGCUUCUUGUUAGCUGUGCCAAAAUUUAGAAGAACAAUUGAAAAGAAGUGGAAAAGAAAAUUUGGACAUCCUGAUUAUGUGUGGAAAUUACUUGUACCUAAAACAAAUAUUGCAGUAUGUUCUGAUUGUGGACAUAAUUUUGAACGGGGACAUCUUUGUGGCAAUUGUUAUAAAAAAGUAGAAGCUGAAACAAAAGAGAUUCAGGAGAAGAUCAAGGAGAAACUUGGCAAUAAUAAACCUAUAGAGAAUGAUGUUAUUGUAUUGUAUAAUGGAGAAGAACUUCCAGAGGAGACUAAAGAAUUUUGGCAAGGUAAAAGAAUAAUUGAGAUGAAGAAAGACAGACCCCAAUGGUUUAGUAAAAAUCUUCUGCAAAAAUCCACCCAGCAACCUUCAGAGUCGAAAGAUGUGAAACCCACGGAUUUGGCA